AUGGAAAAUGAUAAUGACGUGGAGCUGCCUCUUCAAAAAGGUUUAACAUCAGCAGCCAUACUUGAAGUUGGAGAUGCAGAUGGUGAUGAUGGUCAACAUAGUAGACAACAGCAGCAGCCCAGCGCCAACAUUACUCGAAUAAAACAACUUAAGUUGCAACAACUAGAAGAGUCGUUGCAGAUCAGGGAGAGCUAUUUGCGGGAAAAAUUUAAAAUCCUCACUGCAGAUAGUGACGACGAGGGUAUCGUGGAAUCACAUUUGCCUGAAGUUGGGCAAUUGCCUCAGCUGAAUGCACAUCAAGCCGUAGCUGAUGAACACUUUUCGCCACAUGGCCAACCUCAUCUACAGAGUACACCAAGGUUAGUAAAUAAUCCAUCUCUUUAUACCUUACAGAUCGCUCCCACGCUUACGCCGUCUCAGCUAGCAGCGCGUCAAUGCAUACCGAGAGAUUUGCCUACGUUCCGCGGCGAUCCAGAAGAAUGGCACAUUUUUAUAAGUGCGUACGAGCAAACUAAGCAAAUCGCAGGUUUCUCCGAUUAUGAAUGUCUAAUGCGCUUACAGAGGUGCCUCAUUGGUAAAGCGCGCGAUGUAGUACGCAAUAUGUUGGUGUUGCCUAAUAUGGUUGGAGAAAUAAUAAACACUCUUCGUAUGUAUUUUGGACGACCAGAAAUUAUUCUAAAUAAAUUAAUUGAGAAAAUGCGUCAGUUACCGCCUCCAAGGGGUAGGCUGGGCGAUUUAUUUGACUUUGCAGUCAACAUUAAUAAUGUAGUUGCAACAAUUGAGGCAUGUAAGCUGAAUUGUUAUUUUAAUAAUCCACUCUUAUUACAUGAGCUAAUAAGUAAAUUAGCUGAAGAUAUGAAGCUCAAAUGGGCACUACAUUCAGCAUCAAUAGCCGAACCUACACUUCGCGAUUUUUCAGCGUGGCUCUCAUCUUUAGCAAAUGCGGCAAGUAGAGUAGCUACACCUUCUUUUUUAGAUAAACCACUAAAAAAGGAAGGACGAGUGCACGUACAUCAGACAGCUGAAAUGACAACCACGGCAGUUAGGUGUUACAUUUGUGGCGGCGGACAUAAAAUAAUGGAAUGUGAAAUAUUCACGAACGAGCCUACCAAUCAACGCUGGCGCAUUGUCAAGGAAAAGAAGCUGUGCCGACAAUGCUUAGGCGAGCAUAGGCGUCGCUGUUUCAAUAAUAAAGUGUGUGGCAUUGAUGGCUGCAAUGCACGACACCACCCCAUGCUGCAUUCUCGGAUAGACCAAUCUACGCCAGCAAUAUCUUCUACAGCUAACAAUGUUUCAUCGGAUAUAGUAGAACAAAUAAGUUUAAGUCCAUACUCAAACAAAGCGUUACUCAACAACCAUAAUUCAUCAGUGAAUAAAAACUGGUCAUAUUGCCGAAUUCUUCCAGUUACUUUAUAUGGCACCAAAAGGACUAUUAACACAUAUGCAUUGAUGGACGAUGGGUCAACACUAACGCUUAUUGAAGCAAGUCUAGCCGAUGAAUUGGGAAACGAUGGUAUCCAGGAUGCGCUAUGCAUUAAUUGGACAGGUAAUAUCAGUCGACAGGAGAAUAACUCAAAAAGGCUCAACUUACAAAUUUCUGCCAAUGCUCCUCAAGCUAAAAAAUUCCCAUUGAAAAAUGUCCGCACAGUAAGCAACUUACGCAUGUCAGCAGAAUCUUUUGCAGCUGAUAAAAUAAAACAAGGGUAUCCGCAUUUAGAUGGCUUGCCUCUAGCAAGUUAUACAAAUGCUGUCCCCAUGCUGAUUAUCGGCGUAAAUAAUCCAAACUUAAUUUCAGCACUUAAGGUGAGGGAGGGUGGCUGGCAAGAACCCGUGGCGGUGAAAACACGUCUUGGUUGGACAGUUUUUGGUGGUGGUGAAUUAAACCACCGUAACAACUUAAACCUACACAAAUGUAGCUGUGGACAAGAAGCUGAUAGGGAGCUUCAUGAGUUAGUAAAGACAUUUAUAGUAAACGAGAAUGUCGCGGUGGCUACCCCAAAAGCAGAAUUACUUUCAGUUGAGGAUCAGCGAGCAGAGGAAAUAAUGCGCAAGUGCCAGUUACGCGGAAACCGCUACGUUGUCAAUUUGCCAUGGAACACCGAUACAGUCGAAUUGCCAAAUAGCUUGCCGAUGGCAUUACGUCGAGCGGAGUGCUUACGUCGAAAAAUGCAUGGGGACCCUGAAUUGUGUCAAAAGCUAAAGGAACAAAUCACUACUUUAGUCAGCAAGGGCUACGCAACUGAGUUGCCACCAGAAGCAAUUAACGAGCGAGGUGGGAAGAUUUGGUAUUUACCAAUUUUUAUUGUGCGCAAACUACUUAAACCGAAAAAGCAUAGAUUAGUUUGGGAUGCUGCAGCCAAAGCUGAAGGAGUGUCACUAAAUGAUUUUUUGCUGAAGGGGCCGGAUAUGCUGCGACCACUUAUAAACAUAUUAUUAAAUUUUCGUAUAGGAAGAAUAGCUGUCUGUGGUGACAUUGCUGAAAUGUUUCAUCGAAUUCUAGUACAAGAAGCAGAUACUGAUGCUCAGAAAUUUCUAUGGUUCAGCGAGACAUUUAAAAAUAUUUGCGUUUAUAAAUUAAAUGUAGUUAGCUUUGGUGCGCGAUAUUCAACAAAUUCCAUUGAACAAGCAAUAGCAUUAGCCGAGGCAGUUCGCAACAUACAUGAACAAGGUGGUUUCCAUAUGAGAAGCUGGACAAGUAAUGCACCAGAAGUUUUAGCUGCGUUAAACGAAAAUGGUGAACAGACGGGUAAGUCGUUUGAUAAUAAUAUCGACACACUUCCGAUCGAAAAAAUUCUCGGCAUGUAUUGGGACCCGAAGUCAGAUUGCUUUAAAUAUGUUUUAAAAUUCGUUCGUUUACGUCGUAAUGUUUUUGCAGAUGAAAUUGUACCCACUAAAAGAGAAGUACUUCAAAUUUUAAUGUCCAUUUUUGAUCCAUUGGGACUGGCAGCUUGCCUCACAUCAUAUUUAAAAAUACUUAUUCAGGAUAUUUGGAGAAGCGGAAUCGACUGGGAUCAACCACUGGUACCCGAUCUUAUGGGCAAGUGGUUAGCUUGGGUUGCCUGCAUGCCUAUUUUUGCUAAUAUUUCUGUACCCCGUUGUUAUUCACCAUACAUAAAAGAAAGUUCAUGUGAUGUACAAAUUCAUACAUUCGUAGAUGCGAGUGAGUUUGCUUAUGCAGCUGUAUCAUACUUCCGCAUUAAAGAUAAAUAUGGAGUAAGUAUGAGGAUCGUAGCAGCAAAAACCAAAGUCGCUCCAAUGCGACCGAUGUCUAUUCCAAGAAUGGAGCUACAAGCUGCUGUAAUUGGCACACGGCUUAUGAAUACAAUAUGUAAAGUACACACAUUUGAUAUUAAAAAGCGUUUCAUUUGGAGCGAUUCCAAAACGGUGCUAAAGUGGUUGCGUGGUGAUCCACGUCAAUUUCAACAAUUCGUAAUGUUUCACAUUGCAGAAAUUCAAGAAGCAUCAACCGUGGAAGAGUGGAGAUGGGUACCCACGAAAUUAAAUACUGCAGACAGUGCAACGAAAACAAAACAAAGUCCCGAAUAUGUGCAGCGGUGGGUCGAAGGACCAGAAUUUUUGCUACAAGACGAGGAUAAAUGGCCAACUGAGGUGGACUUAGGUCCGAUGGAGACCAGUGAAACUCGUGCAAAAUUUUCAUAUCAUCGCGAGACACAACCAUGUUUCAAUUAUGAAUAUUUUUCAUCCUGGAUCAAGUUGUAUCGUGUAGUUGCAAAUUGGCUACUCUACAUUGGGAAACUUAAGGCUCGUUGUGGCGGUUUCAAUGCUACAAACGUUAUUUUGACUGUUCAACAUAUUGAGCGCGCGAAGCUCUUAAUAUACAAAAGCGUGCAACAGGAACUACUUGAAGAUUGGUCGACACUGAAAAUGGGGAGAAUAGUAGAAAGGAACAGUCCGUUAUAUAGGUUGCAGGUGUAUAUGGAUAACAAUGAGCUCAUAAGAGUAAAAAACAGAGCGAGUAACUUUACGAAUGAGUGUUGA